AUGGGCUUAAAAUUGAAGAAAGUACACAGGGUAUUAGAGUAUAAGCAAGCACCUUGGCUGAAGACAUAUAUCGACUUGAACACUGAAAUGAGAACUAAAGCAACUAAUGACUUUGAAAAAGAUUUCUAUAAACUCAUGAACAACUCUGUGUUUGGUAAGACAAUGGAAAAUAUUAGAAAAAGGCUUGAUAUCAAACUGUGCUGUGAUGCGGAGAAAGCCGAAAAACUUAUUGCUAAACCAAAUUUUAAAGGAAGAACCAUAUUUGAAGAAAAUUUAGCCGCUAUACAUAUGCACAAAACUGCAGUACUCUUUGAUAAACCUAUCUAUGUUGGAAUGAGUAUCUUAGAUUUAUCCAAAACUUUAAUGUACGACUUCCACUAUAAUGUGAUGGCACCUAAAUAUGGGAAAAACAUUAUACUGUUGUACAUGGAUACGGAUAGUUUCAUCUAUGAUAUAAAAACUGAUGAUUUCUAUGAAGAUAUGAAAGGAAUGCUUGAACAUUUUGACACGUUUGAUUAUCCGGAGGAUAAUAGGUAUGGAAUGCCGCGAGUUAAUAAAAAGGUUUUGGGGAAGAUGAAGGAUGAAAAUGCAGGGGGGAUCUUGGAAGAGUACGUUGGCUUAAUAUCUAAGAUGUAUGCCUGUAAAACUGAAAAAGACUUAGUUAAAAAAUCAAAAGGUAUUAAGAAAUGUGUAGUGAAAAAUAGAAUUACUUUCGAGGAUUACAAAAACUGUCUAUUCUCACAUCAAAAACAGUACAGAUCUAUGAAUCUCAUUAGAAGCACAAAACAUAAUAUUCAUUCCAUACAAGUAAAUAAGAUUGCCCUUUCAGGAGAUGAUGACAAGCGGCACAUAUUACCAGAUGGUAUCCAUACCUUGGCUCACGGUCACUAUGCGAUAAAGAGCAACCUCAAAAGUCACCUGUACAGACGCCAGGCGAAGGAUCAGCAUUUUGGUAAGGCCCCCAAGAAACCUCUCCUCUAUAAUAGCUCGGCUACGUACUGA